CUGCACUCCAUACUCAUGUCUUCUCCCGCAAGCAAGCAAGCAAUACAAAUUAGAACCCACUGUCUUCUUUCUUUCUUCUUUUUCUUGUCUUCUCCCGCAAGCAAGCAAGCAAGCAAUACAAAUUAGAACCCACUGUCUUCUUUCCUUCUUCUUUUUCUUCUUCUUCUUUCACGUAUCUUUCUUUCAUUUUUGGGCUUCUAACAUAUCCACCAAGCUUCAAUGAAAACAACGGCAACCAUGGGAGAGAUGUGGACCCAGCUGGGGUCAAGACUCGCCAGCAUUAUGUGCCUCUGUGCAAUCUUCCAGCGAUUCUUCCCUCACUAUCUCCGCGAUUGGCUCGAGAGAUUCGGCGGCAAUCUCGCCAGUUUCGCCUCCCCUUACAUCUACAUCUUCUUCCACGAGUUCAACGGCAACGGUCUCCGCCGCAGCCAAGCCUACACCGCCAUCGAGAUCUAUCUCGGCGCCAACUCCGCCGCCGAAGCCAAGCGCCUCCGGGCCGACGUCGCUAAAGACUCCUCCUCCGUCACCUUCGCCAUCGCCGACUACGAGGAGGUCACCGACGAUUUCCAUGGCGCCCGACUCUGGUGGACGUCCUCCAAAAAACCCCCUCCCGCGCAGACCAUCUCCUUCUACUCCAACUCCAACGAAAAGAGGUACUACAAGCUCGCCUUCCACCGACGCCACCGCGAUCUCGUCGUCGGCAAAUACCUUAAGCACGUUCUCGAGGAGGGAAAGGCCAUCGCGGUUAAGAACCGGCAGCGUAAGCUGUACACGAACAGCGACGGCGACGGCGGGUACAAGCGGAACCCCUGGAGCCAUGUCGUGUUCGAGCACCCGGCGACGUUUGAUACGCUUGCGAUGGAGCCGAAGAAGAAGGAAGAAAUUAUAAAAGAUUUAAUCAAUUACAGCAAGGCUAAGGACUACUAUGCGAAAAUUGGGAAGGCUUGGAAACGGGGGUACUUGCUUUACGGACCGCCUGGUACCGGAAAAUCGACGAUGAUUGCGGCCAUGGCGAAUCUCCUCGGCUACAACAUUUACGAUUUGGAGUUGACGGCGGUUUCGGACAAUACCGAACUGAAGAAGCUCUUGAUAGAGACGUCGAGCAAGUCCAUUAUAGUGAUUGAAGAUAUUGACUGUUCGCUGGAUCUGACGGGGCAGAGGAAGAAGAAGAAGAAGAAGAAGGAGGAGAAGGACGAGGGAGGGAAGGAUCCGAUGAGUAAAUUGCUGGGUAAAGAGACCGAAAGUGAGAAAGACAGUAAGGUGACAUUGUCUGGGCUUUUGAACUUCAUCGACGGGCUGUGGUCGGGGUGCGGCGGAGAGAGGAUUAUAGUUUUUACGACCAACGAUUUGAAGAAGCUUGACCCGGCGCUGAUUCGGAGAGGGAGGAUGGACAAGCACAUCGAAUUGUCGUAUUGUGGUUUUGAGGCUUUUAUGGUUCUGGCUAAGAAUUACUUGGACGUGGAUGGGCACGAGUUGUUUGGGGAGAUUCGGAGGCUGUUGGGCGAAACGGAGAUGACGCCCGCCGACGUGGCGGAGAAUUUGAUGCCGAAAUCGCCGGAGGAAGACGCGAGGAGUUGCUUGGAGAGACUGGUUGAGGCGCUGGAAAAGAAGAGAAAGGCAGACGAAGCAGGGAAAAGGAAGAGAGAGGCUGCAGAAAUUAUUAGAGAAGAAAGAGAAGAGAAAGCGAAUUGAAGAAAAGUGUCUGCGAAGGGGCCGGGAGAAGGGUGGUGGAAGUACAGGAUAAUUAAAUAAAUUAAUGUUAGUGAGUCAGUAAAUUAGUAAAUGUAAGGGGUUAAUUAGCCGUCACGAAAAGUUUACGUCUAGUGAUGAAUGGUGAUAUGAUUCAAUGAAACUCUUUGGAGUCCUUAGUCAUUUUUCAGUGAUUAAUGAGAUUUGCAGGUGGAGGAGGGUUUGGGAAGAAAUGAAAUUAAGACUUAGUAAAUGAGAUUUGUUGAGAUACCUUUUCAAAAAAAAAAAAAAUAUGUGAUUGGUAGGGAUGGAUUGUGUCUUUUUUGCUUAUUGAAUUUCUGUUUAUGGUCAUUUUGUGUAUGCAUUAUGGUGGGUUGAAGUUGGGCAAAGCAAACAGGUCAAUGGGGAGAAACAAUAGCUAAUGGUGAAGCUUGCAGC